GCACGUUCCCCCACGCGCGUUAAUUGUUCCAGCUUCGGUUCUGAGGUGAGCUGGACCCACGGAGCCCCACCAUGGAGCCGGACUCACCCGACACCAACACGUCCAAGACCGACAUGCUGAGAGGAGUCAUCGCCGAAAAACUCACCUUGGCCGCCCGGGAGAUCUUAGCGGUGGUGGAGAGGACUGUAGCCGACUACGAGGAGGAGGCUGUAGGCUUCAGGCAGGAGAUCGACCGGCAGAGGAGGCUGCUGGAGCUCCUGCAACCUGAGGUCAAGCUGGAGGCUUUAGACGACCAGCAGCUGUUUUCCCUUUGUGAGGCCGGAGGAGGUCAUCUACCACAAGAUCAGGAGCAGCACAAAUAUGAGCCGAGGGUGGAGUACAGUCGAAGCCUGGGAUUCCCCAGCUACACCGAGGAACAGAUGGAGGAAGAUGAACAUGAAGAGGAGGAUGAAGAGGAGGAGGAGGAGGCGGCACAGCAACAUUACGAAACAGCACCAAGGCUUGUGCCUUCCAUGGUUCAGACUGAUGGGCGGAGAGCAGACAGAGCUUGGAUCAGUGAAACACAGAACUUUGUAGACCUCAGGAUCUGCAUCCUGGAAGACUCGAGGAUUGAUGUGCUUUCAAAGAGGGUGUUUCAGAAGUAUCCGCUUCAUGAGUUGCAGUGUCGUUGUGGCCUUCAGGAGGCCGAGUUCCUGGACCUGCUGAGGUCCACCUUCCCCCAGCUGGCUGCCGAUGAAACUUUUGAAGUUUUUAUAACUGAUAGUACCAGGAAGCUGCAGCCUCUUAACAUAGACUCGUGGACUCCAGAGGAGAUUAAAAAGACCAUCAGGGCCACUGGGAAUUCUGCCCUCUACAUCCGCCUGAAGAAUCAGAAGAGUUCAGAAGAUGAAGAUCUUCAUCUAUUGCACAGAAAUGAUAAUGCUGCUGCAGCCGAUGAUGAUGAUGAUGAUUCUUCAUCUACCACUGAUCAAACCAGCAAGUCCGUUAGGAGGAAGAUUGGCAGACCCUGGAUCGUGAAACCACAGACACAUGUAAUGAUCAGAAUCCGCAUCCUGGAUCACUUGGAGUCAGAUGUGCUCUCAGCCAGAGUGUUUCAAAUGUGCCCGCUUCAUGAGCUGCAGUGUCCUCGAGGUCUACAGGAGGCCGACUUCCUGUACCUGCUGAGGUCCACCUUCCCUCAGCUGGCUGCCGAUGAACCUUUUGGAUUCUUUGUGACUGACAAAAGCAGGAAACUCAGGCCUCUGAAAGUACAGUCACUGACAACAGAGGAGGUCGAGAGGGUCACGAGGACUUCGACGCUCUACAUACGACUGAAGCCCCCGGGAGAGUUUCAUGCCUCAACAAAACAGUUCCAGCAGGAAGAAGAUGCUGUUGCUGAACAUCAUCCAUCCACCCCAAAUCCAACCAGACAGAAACCCAGAGUUCAGUCUGGGAGGAGGAAACCUGGCAAGUCUCGGAUCAGCCAGCGGAACACCCACAUAGAUCUCAGGAUCCGGAUCCUGAAGGACCCUCAGAUGGAGGUGCUCACACCCCAAGUGUUCCUGAAGAACCAGCUUCAAGAGCUGCGGUGUCCUCGUGAUCUACAGGAGGCCGACUUCCUGGACCUGCUGAGGUCUACCAUCCCCGAGCUGGCUGCCGGUAAACGUUUUGACGUCCUCAUAGCUGAUAGAAACCGGGUACUGCAGCUGCUGAGAGUACACACGCUGACUCCAGCGGAGAUCCACAGAGCCGUCGCUUUAACAAGAAACACUACCAUCUUCAUCCGACUGAAGGGAGAAGAUCCGUCCACCCCAAAUCCAACCAGACUGAACACCAGAGUUCAGAUUGAGAGGAAGAACCCCAGCAGGCCUCGGCUCAAUCAAUCAGAAACCCACAUAGAUCUGAGGAUCCGCAUCCUGGAGGACUCUGAGAUGGAUGUGAUUGCACCCCAGGUCUUUCAGAACCACCCAGUUCAUGAACUGCAGUGUCAGCGUGGACUGCAGGAGGCAGACUUUAUAAAACUGCUGAGGUCCACCUUCCCUCAGCUGGCUGCUAACGUACCUUUUGACAUCCUCACAGUUGACAGAAACAGGAAACUGGUUUCUCUGAAUGUAGACUCACUGACUCCAGAGCACAUCUACAUGGCCUGCAAGGCCACAAGGAUCAGUGUCCUCUUUAUUCGACUGAAGGCACCAGAGAAAGUCCAGGCUGGUGCGAGGAAGUUUCACCUCCUGCAGAGAAAAGUCGGCGCCGCUAGAGAGUCGUCAUCUUUACCUGAACAAACCGUGACGCAUGCCAGGGUUCAGUCUGACAAGAGGAAGCCUAGCAGGCCUCGGAUCAGUCUGUCAAGCAGCCAUGUAGAUCUCAGGAUCCGUUUCGUGCAGGACUCUGAGGUCGAUGUGAUUUCACCCAAAGUGUAUAACAAGUACCCUCUGCAUGACCUGAAGUGUCCUCGCGGCCUACAAGAAGCCGAAUUUGUGGACCUGCUGAGGUCCACUUUUCCUGAGCUGGCUGCCGACAAACCUUUUGACAUCCUCACAGCUGACAGAAACAGGAGAUUACAGCCACUAAAAGUAGAGUCACUCACUCCAGAGGAGCUGUACAGAGCCGUAAAGGUGACUGGGAACAUUGUCCUCUUCGUUCGACUGAAGGCACCUGAGGAAGUUCAGGCCAAUACAAAAAAGCUCGACUCUCUGCAGAGAAACUACGAUGCCACUAAAGAGUCCCCAUCCUUUACUGAACAAACUGGGCUGCACACGAGCAGCCGUCAUCAACAAGGAGGAAACACUGGAAACAUUUUGUCCAACAGCUCAACGUCACAUCAUGACGAUGUGGAAUCUGAGGAUGGUAUGGAGUACAGUGGUCUCUCAACUCUGCAGUCCUUAAUACUUUAUGAACGCAAUGAGUUGACUGACGGGCUUGUCAGUGGGAAAACAAACAUAAACGAUGGUCAUCAGAUGAAUGGUGAACCUGCGAAAACAAAGGCGAGGCAACGAGUCAAACAUUCAGUUGUCAGAAUGAAGAAAGCCAAGCAGAAAAUGUUGAUUCAUACGAGUAAUGCUCUGCUGGUCUGUAAAGUCUGCCAAGUUUUACGUGGGUCUGCAAACAUGUUGAUCAAGCACGCCUGGAGUCACGUGGACGAGCGAGAGAGGCUCUGUGGAGUGUGUGGAGAGCAGUUAGAGUCUACAGAGCAGCUCAGGAGUCAUCUUCAGACUCACCAGAAAACGUACAGCUGCAACAUUUGCGGGAAGUCCUUCCUCACUGUCACUGGCUACAAGGGUCACCUUGCUCGACACAAAGGAAACAGGCCAUACGAAUGUAAAACGUGCCACAAAGCGUUCUCCGAGAAGUGGGUGCUGAGGAACCACGAGUUCAGGGUCCAUGGAAUGGAUAAGCCGCAUAGAAAAAAAUUCUCAAAUUUGAAGCUCAAACGUCACCGGCCAACCCACCACGCGGGUGGGAAGCCACACAACUGCAACGUGUGCGGGAAGCGCUUCCGCCGCCUGGAAACUUUAUCCCAACACGUGGCGCUUCACUCAGGUAGCACAGCAGCCGCAGACGGCAAGAUCCACAUGAAGAACCACAGCAGGGAGAGGUUGUUCAGUUGCGAUAAAUGCAACAAGAAGUUCUUUCACAAAUCAAAUGUGGCGAUUCACAUGAGAGUCCACACUGGGGAGAAGCCUUACAAGUGCACACUCUGUGGGAAGGGUUUUAGCCAGGGCCACUGUGUGAAAAGACAUCUGCUGAUCCACCAGAGGAAGAAAAAGCACCAGCAAACAGAGCAGCUUCCUAGGGUUGAAAUUGAAGACAGUUAUGGUAAGAUGGAUGUCAUGGCCGCUCCCCAUAAAUUAAGCUAA